GUGAUCCACCAGUAGCAGCAUCAUCUCACGAUUAAUUCCUUCCCACAAUGCCUCGCGCUAGUGAUCGUUGGCGCUGUCUGUGGUGCUGAAGCUGCUCUCGCCGGCGGCUAGCUAGAGUCCUUCUGCUCCAGCAUCCCCUCCGUGCAAAGGCGUUACGCGCUGGUCAACGACAGACAGCCGCGACCGGCUAUUUCAGUCUGUUCUUUGUCUCUUUGAACGCUUUUUAAUAGUCGAGAAUCCUUAGUGUUGUAUUUAGCUUCCCCCUGGAAGAUACUAUCCGGUCGCGUUUGUGUUGUUCAGCUCCAGUUUGGCUCGCAUCCUUUAUGCACAGCACGCUGCUCCAGCCCUUAAAGCGAACAUAGGCAUCCGUGUCGGAACAGCAUGGCUUCCUGAACGAGAUGGAAGCGAAGCAGCACUCGAUCAAGAGCCUGAAAAGCUAUCCGGAGGCUGGGGGCCGGAGUCUGGCGGCGGCGGCGGCGGGUGGAGACGGCGGAGGUGGAGGGUAUCGCGUCGGCAGCGCGGAGAUGGAGAUGGAGGCGAAAAUACAGAAAGCGAUCGACUUCAAACUGGAGGGUCACCGAUGCUACAAGGAGAAGAAAUUCCGGGAAGCUAUUGGGAAGUAUCACAGGGCGCUGCUGCAGUUGAAAGGGAUCCACGUCGUCGACGGGACCACCGGAUCCGAGGUGAACCUCCUGAACCAAGCCGCGGCCAAGCUUACGGAAGAGCAGCGGCGAGCGGUGGAGAGCACCGAGAUCGAGUGCUACGACAGUCUGACAGCGUGCUUGCUGCAGUCAGAGCUGGUGAAUUAUGAGCGGGUUAAGGAAUACUGUUUGAAGGUACUCGGACACCAGCAGGAUCACUUUAAGGCCAUGUAUCGUGCUGGGAUUGCCUUCUACCACCUGGGAGACUACGAGCGUGCACUGCGUUACCUACGCGAUGCCAAGUGCCGUGAACCCACAGACACAAAUGUGCUGCGAUACAUCCAGCUGACAGAGAUGAAGAUGAGUAAGAGCGGUCAGCAGGUGCGUGAGAGUGGGAAAGAGUCAUUGGGUUAAUUCGGCCCGACCCCCCAACGACCUUAACCCUGCUUCUUUAAGUCUCUCCCCUUUUCCCCACAAUUCCCCCCAUCCCUUGGUCAACCAGGAUACAUGUGCUGCGCCCUUCUCUGAAAGCGAACUCCAAAUGGGCACAGCACCCCGCGACUGUCUUUUCUCGCUCUGCGAUUUCUCUGUCCCUUUAAAUCCAACGUCCCCGGUGCUUUUUAUUUCCCAGGUAUUGAGAAAUUGACUGAUGAACAAAGACCACGGAGACGGAAAAAGAAGAAAUGCUCUGUUGAAAUGAUAUAAACAAUGGGGCUCUGGCAUUACAAUUUAAAAUGACAUGAUCGAAUGAGGAUAUCAACAUAUUUUGAAUGAAAAACGUGAUUGGCAGAAUUAAAUCUGUUGGUAGAGAAUUGAGUGAAAGCACACGAAUCAAAGCCACACUACUACUUAAGCGCAGAAGAUGAUGGUCAACGAUUAGCCCAGUGACCUUUGAACUCACUCUGAUCCAUUGAGAAGCACUCUCUCUGCUCAAUACAGAAGAGAAGCAGAGAAGUCGAUGUUCAAUUCACACUCACCUGCAAAAGCCUGUUACUUUAUGUCUCCUUUUUCUCUCUCUUGAAUUUGGGCAUAUCUCAACUCAAUUUCUGAACUGUUUCAAUUCAAGGGCUAAUUCAAGUGUUUGUAAUUUGUCCUUUGAUCUUGAUUUUGUUUCGCCUCUCGGUUUGGUGUACUAUAGUGGUUUGAGCAAG